AUGGCACUGGAGUUUGAUGGCAUCACGCAACCCAAUUGGAAAGAAAUUGUGAACAAGAAGUUGAAGUUCCCGGAAGGCCUCCUCAACGCCAUCCAAGAUGGGCAACUGAUGAAGGUCCAGCAGCUGCUGCAGGUGAGUGACGGGAUCCUGAAGCAGCUGGAUGAGGCCGAGGACCGGGCGUGGCGAGAGGCUCUCAACCUGGCUAUCCGCACGGGCGGCGAGGACAUCACCAAGACGCUGCUGCGCGUUGUCAAGUUUGACUUCCGGCAGAUCCACGAGGCCUUGCUGGUUGCUGUGGAUACCAACCAGCCCACCGUGGUCAAGCUGCUGCUGGACCGCCUGGACCAGGAGAAAGGCCGCAAGAUGGACAUCAAGUCCUUCUCCUCGGCCUUGUUUGACAACUCCAUCGACAACUCGCGCUUUGCCCCGGGCGUGACGCCCCUCACCUUGGCUUGCGAGAAGGACCUCUACGAAAUCGUGGACAUGCUCAUGAAGAAGGGCCACGCCAUCCCGGGGCCGCACAAGGUCUCAUGCUCCUGCCUGGAGUGCUCCAACGGCCGCAAGUUCGACCUGCUCAAGUUUUCGCUUUCUCGCAUCAACACUUACAAGGGCAUCGCCAGCCGGGCACACCUCUCCAUCGCCAGCGAAGACGCCAUGUUGACGGCCUUCAAGCUCAGCCGAGAGCUCAAGCGCCUCUCCAAGAAGGAGCCCGAAUUCAAGCCUGAGUACCUGGCCCUGGAGCAGCUGUGCCAGGAGUUUGCCUUUGAGCUGCUGGGAAUGUGCCGCAACCAAAGCGAGGUGACGGCCGUCUUGAAUGACGUUGCGGAUUCCUCGAAUGACGAGGAAGAGGAGGACCUCGAUGACCAGGCCUUUGAGGAGGGGAUCCCCAACUUGGCGAGGCUUCGCUUGGCUGUCAACUACAACCAGAAGCGGUUUGUCGCCCACCCCAUCUGCCAGCAAGUGCUGUCGUCCAUCUGGUGCGGGAGCCUGCAGAGCUGGCGGGGCAGCACCUCGCUCUGGAAGGUCUUCGUCUCCUGUUCCAUCUUCAUGGGGAUGCCUUUCCUGUGCCUCAUCUACUACGUGGCCCCAAAAUCCAAGUUUGGCAAAAUGUUGAAGAUCCCCGUGAUCAAGUUCCUUCUGCAUUCGGCCUCGUAUGUCUGGUUCCUGGUCUUCCUUCUGGCAGAGUCGCUGGUGCUGGAGUACAACAACGAGACCUUUUCGGGGCGGAACCAGAACAUGUGGGAGACGUCGCUGCACAUGAUAUGGGUGGCAGGUUUCUUCUGGUUUGAGUGCAAAGAGGUUUGGAUCGAGGGCUUCCGCAGCUACCUCUUGGACUGGUGGAACUUCCUGGACAUCGUCAUGCUCAGCAUGUACCUGGCCUCCUUUGUCCUCAGGCUCCUGAUCUUCUUCCAGGGCCGUGUUUUCUGUCUGGAUAACAAAGAGUCUGCAGAGUGCCGUUACUACACGGAAGCGGAACGUCGGGAGUGGCACACCGAAGACCCCCAGUUCAUCGCCGAGGUGCUGUUUGCCGUGACCAGCAUGCUGAGUUUCACCCGCCUGGCUUCCAUCCUGCCCGCCCACGAAACCUUGGGGACCCUGCAGAUCUCCAUUGGCAAGAUGAUCGACGACAUGAUCAGGUUCAUGUUCAUCAUGAUGAUCAUCCUGACCGCGUUCUUGUGUGGGAUGAACAACAUCUACGUCCACUACCAAGAGUCUGAGAAGCUGGGGAGCUUCAACGAGACGUUCCAGUUCCUCUUCUGGACCAUGCUUGGGAUGGAAGAACACGAUGUGGUGGACAUGCCCCAGUUCCUCAUGGCUCAGCUGGUGGGGAGGGUGCUGUAUGGGGUCUUCACCAUCGUCAUGGUGGUCGUCCUCCUCAACAUGCUCAUUGCCAUGAUCACCAACUGCUUCCAGAAAAUUGAGGUGAGUGCUGCCGCCGGGGGUGUGGGGAACGAUGCCGACGUGGAGUGGAAGUUUGCCCGCUCCAAGCUCUACUUGUCUUUCUUCAGGGAAGGCUUGACACUGCCAGUGCCCUUCAACAUCAUCCCGUCACCAAAGUCCAUCUUCUACGUCGUCAGGGGCCUCUUCCGCUUCCUGUGCUGUUACAAACCAAAGCGCCAGCAGAAAUACCCCCCCAUCACAACCAUUUCUAACCCCUGCAUGGAGGAGGGUGGCCAGCGUACGGAGAGCCGCGCUGCCUACCGGCGCCAAGUGCUCAAGGCUCUGGUGCAGCGCUACAUCGACACAGCCCGGCGGGAGUUUGAGGAGAGCCGCAGGAAAGAUCUGGGGAACCGCCUGACGGAGCUGAACAAGUCUGUGGUGCGCCUCCUCUCCGACAUGAAGCAGCUGCGCCACACCGUGGCCGACAACGGCAUGGCGGACAACCCCUUGAACGGGACCAGUGUCCUGCACAAGUACAUCAUGAAGGUGCGCAGCAGCUUCCAGAGCUACGAUAAUGAGGCAGGCGGCUCUAAGCAGGGGCCCCCCACGGACACCGCCUUGCCCCAGGAUGGGGCCAUUGCUGAAGAGGACGCAACACCGUUGCCUCAGGAACCCUCUGAGGGACAACAGGCGGAAGCUGAGGAAGGGCCGCCCCAGGGGGAAGCUGAGGAGAGACAGCCUGGGGUGGAGGCUGAGGAGAGGCCGCUGGAGGUGGAAGCUGAGGAGAGGCCACCCCAGGUGGAAGUAGAGGUGGCAAUCGAAGAGAACCCUGUAGGAGAACCAGAGACUUGA